AAAAGAAAAAUUGCAAGUGAAAUCGCAAAAGUGGAAAAAUCGAUUUUCAUCGCAAUUUUCCCGAAUUUCUGUUGAUAUUUAGCAUCACUCGUUACAUUACGUGCAUCCGUGCCGCCAAUUAUCGCACUCGUUCACGCCAAAAUGUGUUAGACGCCCGCAAACGACCGAGAGAAAAAAGUAGUGAAAAUUUUCUUCGUAGCCAACCAUGUCCGCCAUCAAAGAAAAUGGAAUAUUUUACCUGCAAAAGCUCGUCAAAAAUGUCGAAGUGAAGCAUUCGACAGCGACUCCCGUGAAAAAUGACUACCAAAUGCUCUGUUUGGUACUAAAAAAUGACACGUUGUUGUUACGGUAUGUCGCGGGAGGCGAAACUAUCCUGAAAACGAUAAAAUUUUUCGAGGGACGUCGCAUCCAAGACGUUUGCUUCGACGACACCGGAACAUGGUUGCUCGUACUUUGCUAUGACAAUACAAUUCAUGUCGUGCCUGCCCUUUACACAUGUGAUAAAUCGGCAAAAUUCAAGUUGCUCUUUAGUGCGUCGGAAAUUUCCUCCUUUACCGUGCCCUUUAGUCCGCCGCACGAAUGUCCGAAUCCGCAAUCGUGCCCCAAUCAGUUUGAUUUCGGGCAGGAAUUGGAUUUUGAGCGGUUCAGUACGCGAACGGUGUUGCCGUCGGGCGUUGCGGGAGCCACGAGUGGCAGUAGUGGACGCAAAGUGAACGAAGCAAUUGCAGCAAAUAGUCUUUAUAACCAAUUUUAUUGCGAAACGGGACCACCGUCGUCAACGGCAGCAUCGCAAGGAAGUACGGGAGGCGAAAGUUGCGACGCUGCAUCGAACAACAACAACAACAAUGACAACUCUUUGUCGAUAAAUCAGUCGAACAGCAAGGGAUCGACCCCCAUUGACAGUCAAAUCUUGAGUUCCAGCUUGGAAAGCUCCUGUAUUUGCCCGUAUCCAAAAUGUUGUGUGUGGUGGCAGACGAACAACGGUGACCAACGAGCCAUUAUCGGCUAUUCUGAGGGAACCAUCUGCAUCGUUCGUCUCACAAUUAAUUGUCCUUUCAUCGGAACUUGCUCCGUGGAACGCGGAAAUAUCGAGCAACUCGUAAUUUGUCGCGAUAACAACUCCGAAACCGUAACUCUGAUGAUCAACACUUCCAUGACGGAGCAAUGGAAGCUCUUGUUGGAACAAAAAUCCAUCGGAUAUACAUAUCCCGACAACUUUGUCACCUCCCCGGGAGCAGGAACGUCCGCACAGGAAUCAAUGGAGACCGGAAAUGAUGAAAAUCCGCCGGAAAAUUGGCAGUUUGUCGUUAAUUUGGACAAAAAAGACCCACAAGCGGAUACUGGCGACGAGUCAUUCGAACAAAUUAGUGCCGAUGAAGCGAGUUUGGCAGCAAUUGAUGACCAAAAACCCGAUGGAGGUGCCUUGCCCAAGUCAAUUUCGGCAGCAAAGGCACGUUUACAGAGUUUACGCGACAUUGGGGCGAAGAAAAUUGGCACUUUGAAGUUGAAACUCGCCGAAAGUCGGUUAAAAUCGCGAGAACGGGAAAAGUCACGCGAACAAGCAGCUUCAUUGGCGCUCAUGGAGACGCCUAGUACGUGUCCCGAGAUACUCACGACGCCAUCGGGACCGUAUUUCAUCGUGCAACACACCCAAGAUCGCCAUUUACUUAGCGCAUUGCACUCGUAUUCGGAUACUUUGUCCGUUCACAGCAUGGAUAUCUCCUUAAUUCCCUUGUUUCUCUACAAAAUCCCGCGAAAUUGUCGCAAUUUGCUCCUCACCCAAAACUUGAUCUACACAAUUCAGACACUGGUCGAGCCACGUGCCGUCGAACAAGAUAAAGAAGUCACGCCGACAAAUGAGGCACCAGCAGAGCAAUCGGGUCAAGAGAAGAAAUCCAGUCUCGCAAGUAGCGCCGACAUCGAAAAUGUGAUAUCAACAAUUUCUAGUCAUGAUGAGGACGAAGACGACUCAAAUAGCAUUAAUUUAUACAACGGAUUCGGCGUGGUGAGUUGCAAUAUGGCGGUGACGAAGCUUGGGGCCGAUUGCGAUUUUCACGAUCGCGCCCAAGUGGCUCUCUACAAGUUCGAGGACGAGCAAAUUAUCAACCUGCAUCACAUGUUGAGGACGGUGAAAGACGAUUCGGAUGAUCAAACGUUGCAAGACUCGUUGAAUAGCAGUGCAAAGACGGAAAAUCUCAUUUCGAACUAUUUUAAUAUGAAGAAUGACUUGAAGAAACCGAUGUUUUCGACGAAUUUCAUGUCGAGUGAUGCGAAUGUUUUGCAGAAUAAAUUUCCGACAGUUAAUUUUGAGCAAUGUUUCGUUAUUACGGACAAAAAUGUCUAUUCGCUGGAGUUGACGGAACCUCCUCACAUAAUUUUCCUGAAGCUAGUGGAUCAAGCUGCAUGGACCAGUUGCGAAGAAUUCUGCAAUAUUUUCAACUUAUCCUUGCCGAAUUGCAUUGAAUUUGCUGGUGACGUGUUACUUCGCAAGAAAAAAGUCACAAAGGCUCUCUUGACAUACAAUAUUGCAAGAAUUCCCCCGAUAAAGACCGCUCUCAAGCUCGCAAUGUUCGGCGAAGUCAAUGCUCUCAUGCAUUUGUGUGCAAUGGCAAUUAAAAAUACCUUUUUGCUCAACAGCAAGUACUUAAUUCACCCAAAUAUGAAAUAUCUCGUCGAUACUGCUCACUUGCGGCAUCAAAAGUAUGAAGCUCUAGUCAAAAAUAAGAACAAAGCGGCAUUGAAAGCCGUAAAUACAGGAAAACUUUGCAGCGAUUUUUCGUAUGAAACGGACGAGAUAACGUCAGAUUUGCAAAUGUCGAGUUCGUCGCAAUUUCACUUGUCGAAUUUGCUGUUUUUGUCGUUGACGGAACGGUGUGUCAAGGAUAAAAAUUAUGUUCCGUUGUGGAACUUUAUUGCGACAAAUUCAAAAUUUCAUACGAGCCUUGCGUGUGUCGUUCUCUCUCAAAGUGGACUUUACUCAACCGCAAUUUUGUUGGCAAUGAUGCGAGGAGCGUGUUUGGACGUUUUUUCGUGUUUGGUUAGCGCUGCAGAUCAAGUUCUAGAUGUUGGACAAGAAUGGAAUUUCUACAUGUACAACUUGAGCGAAGAAAUGUUCAUGGAAAGCAUCAUUUAUUUGCAAGACUACGCCAUGGAAUAUUUCGAAGCGAUCCGCAAAAACAUCACAAAACUAGAUUUGAAGAAUUUAGAAAGACUGGAGAAGCAAUUGAACCCUUUUCAGGUCGUUUAUAAACCGGUCAUGGCUAAAAUGUUGGCUUGCAAGAAUGAACAAGAGCAUGAAAAGCGAUUUAUGGAAUUUUGCAAAUAUUUUAUCGAGACUUACGUCAUAAUUUUGAUUCAAACGCAAGCUUUAAAGCUCUACAGCGACAAUUUCUUGUCCGCUCUCAACCUGUUCCGGCCACUUUAUCGUGCCGUCGAUGAACAACGUGUACUUACUUUGCAAAAUUCGUCGCCUUUGUCGACUGGAUUCUCGCAUGCAGCUUACGUGCUCAACGGUUCGGUGUACAUUUGGGGCAGUAACGGUGUCAGUUGUGCCCUCAGUCGUAAUUUAAUCACGAACGACAACAAUGGCGAAAACACUUCUUGCAUGCCAACGUGCUUGGAUUUCUUCCGCGACUUGGAAAUUGACGUCGUGACAGCAAAUUGUGGCAAAAGUCAUACACUUUUCAUGACAAAUAACGGAUUGUACGCCAUGGGAGCGAACAAUUUGGGCCAACUCGGUAUCGGCAAGACUUUAAUUCAAGCUUUGCAGCCAAUGUUGGUGCGAACUUUCGAGGAAGGACAGGUGAUUAGUCAAGUUUAUGCCGGGCAAUAUCACAACGCGGCAGUUGUCGAUGAUCUGCUUUAUAUGUGGGGAUGGGGCGUUUAUGGACAACUUGGUAAUGGCAAUGUCGAAAAUGAGUAUACGCCAAAAGUUGUGGAAUUUUUCCGUGGAAAGAAAAUCUUGCAAGUCGCUUUGGGACACGCUCAUACGCUCGUUUUGUGUCGCGAUGACAAAAAAUCCACAGAAAAUUCACUUUAUGUGUUUGGGUCGAACCAUUAUGGGCAGUUGGGAAUAUCGCAGGAUAAUGAUACGGUGAGCAGCUCUUCGUCAAAGUCGCUCAUGAAGAGUUUGGUGCCUGUUCGAUUGGAUGUUGGAGAGGAAGUGAAGAUUAUUCAUACGAAAUAUUUCAGUAAUUUGGUCGUUUCAACAACAAAUCAACUUUACACAUGGGGCGCAUCACCACAAGCCAUCCGCCUCUCAACGCAAGCGAAAAAACGUGCUCGAGCCAAUUUACGAAACGAAGAAAAUUCUCGCACCGAUCGUGUCACUGUCGUCAAUGAGCCAAUGGAGUCAAAGGAAGCCGUCACAACUGUCGUUGUCGAAGACGAUCCCGAUGACGACGAAGACGACGACGUAUUUGUGGAAAAGGCAAACGAAGAAAGUCAAGAAAAAGAAAUAAAAGACACUGACGCUCAAUCGCCAACAAUUCCCGAAAUAAAAGUCGAUUUGGCACCACCGUCACAAGAAAUCGUCGAGCCAAUUUCCAAAACCGAACAAAUUAUUGAACCAAAAGACGCUUUAAUUGACGAAUGCACGGAUCACCUACGACCCAGUCUCAUUUUGUGCGAAGAACCAAUCAUGAGUGACAUUUUGCACAUUGCCACGGGAUUGUAUCAUUACACUGCCGUAACGGCGGACGGUUCGCUCUACACUUGGGGCAAAAAUUUAGAACGCCAACUUGGCCGGGAGGGGUCCCGCAACGAGAUUUUGUACCCGACAAAAUUGGAAAAUGUCUCAAAUGUGCGGGAUGUCGCAUGUGGCGCCGAUUUUACGAUCAUUCUCUUGCAUGACGGCACAAUUAAGGCAUGCGGACAGAACAAUAACGGGCAAUGUGGCUUGGAAAUUGCGCCACUUGACAAAAGUGGAAUUGCGGGAAAACUCGUGCGAUUGCGAUUGUCCAAAAGAUUGGUGCGGAUCCCCGAUGGAAGUCAAUGCAUCGAAGUGCCAACUGUGGUGAAAUUCCCCACGGACGAAGCAUUUUCCGCUAAUCACACCGUUUAUACGCUAAAAUCGCUGCCAAAAUAUCAGCCGAAUUGCGUGAUCAAAAGUUCCCUUGCCGCGUUGCCGCUUUUCUCGCAAGUUUCCGGACACACCACGAUCGACUCGAAUCUGAAUGAGUUUUGCAAGGACGAAAUUCCGGAUCUCAUUCGAAAUCUGGAGAACCAAAACUUGGUAGAUGCAAAUCAAAAUGAGGCAAAAAUGGAUUGCGAGACGCCGAUUAAUUGCACGAACAACGUCUUGAUCAACGGAAGCAUCUCAGGACAAUCAACGGUUUCAACGCCAGCGAAUUUGAACAAAUUUUCGAUGGAAAAUAUUUUUACAAACGACUUUAUACACUACUGCUUGUACAUUUUUCACGGAUUGUAUGACCACGCGGUCAUCAGUGACUUUUCGGCACGCCAGCUGGCCUUCAAGGAGUACAAGUUGCGCGUGCUGAUGCUUAAUUUUAGUUAUAUCGAUGCUUUUAAACUCUGCAUUGCCGACUGCAUGGAUGCCCAAAAGUGCAUCCGACUCUUUGAAUAUUUCACCAAAGAUCCCGUCAUCUUGCCGCUGCACGAGGAGGACCUCAAGUACUUUAUCUACGAGAUUUUCCGGCAUUUUAUACGGCACCAGAUGAACCUGGCCCUGCUCGAGGACUUUUUGCUGCAGGACCUCAACUACUACUUGAUACAGCUUAGCUACGUUUUGUACUUUAAUAAUAGCAACAGUACCGCCUUGGAAAAGAACGUUUUUCUAAAGUUUAAGAAUUUAUUCACGAAUUUUGAUAAUGUUACGCUAGAGAAUACCGACGUAAUUUUCAAAAUGAUUUCGACAAAAUUCAAUGUCGUCGUAUGCCAAAGACUUAUUGAGGCAGCCGAGAACUUUCAGACAUAAGCACAAAAAACUUAAAUAAAAAAAUACUUAUUUAAAAAUAUAAAAAAACUAAAUCAGGGAAGACAACUUUUUUGAUAUCUUAUAUCAGGAAAAAUCGGAAAGAUAAUCAAUUAGAAGGCAAAACUACUAGAAAUGGAUUUUACGCUUCUGUAACAGUUAAUUGAUAUAUUUUGAACAAAUAUUUUACAAAAAAAAAUUGUAAAUAAAAAUAAUCGAACAAAAAAAAUAUUAUAAUUUGAUGUCAAUCCUCACACGUAACGCUAAAUAUUAUAGCAAAAAAUAAA